AUGCCGUUUGGAUUGACCAAUGCACUCGCGGCUUUUAUGGAUUUAAUGCAUCGAGUCUUUAAGCCUUAUCUGGAUCAGUUUGUUGUGGUGUUCAUUGAUGAUAUACUGGUGACAGGAUUGAUAAUUAAAGAGAUGCGUUUGUUGGAGGAGGUUAGUGUAUGGAAUCCCCGACUGGAAUCGAGAAAAGUAAUUCUGGGGAAUAUCGUCAUGAAAUUCACUUUGUUGGAAUGUAUCAAGGAGACUCAAGAAAAGGACCCUGAAGUGCAAGAGUGGCUGGAAAAAGUCAAAAAGGGAGAGAAGUCGGAUUUUAACUUGGGAAUAAAUAGUAUAUUGAGGUUUCGAAAUCGGAUAGUAGUGCCAAAGGAUGAAGGGCUUAAGAAGGAAACUUUGGAAGAGGCACAACGAUCGAAGUUUACGGUUAAAACUGAACUUCAGAGACCAUCUGGUCUUUUGCAACCUUUAGAGAUACCUGAGUGGAAAUGGGAAAAUAUCACCAUGGAUUUUGUAUCUGAAUUACCUACGACACAAAAAGGACAUGAUGCCAUUUGGAACAGAGAAAAGAAACAACGGGAGAAAGAGGAGCUAAAGGGAACCAGGGAGGGAAAUGGAGAGUCGGCGCAGCCAGAACAAGAAAAAGAAAAGCAAGCUGCAGAAGAGUUAAGGAAACCAGAGAGGAGAGUUUCAGCAAGAGCAGAGAGAAAUCUGGAAAUUGGAGGGGUUUCCUUCGGAGGAUUCGAACGAUAG